AUGUCGCCCAAACGCGCAAAGACUGAAAAGCAGUCACCACGCGAAGACAAAAUGGAUCUUGACGAAGACAAAUUCGAACCCCUAUCACCUACGAAAGAUCGAAUGGACACCAGCCCUACCAACACCCCAAGCAGCAGCCGCCUCACCUUCUUCGACCUACCAGAACAGAUCAGAACUCGCAUCUACUUCUUAUCAGGCCUGAGUCGACCCUGCACGACCCGUAUUGACACAAGCUGGCCAAAGAACUACUCGAGCAGAAACAACUUCUGCGAGCUGGAACGAGAGGAUCUCCGCGUCUCUCGUCAAGGUGGCUACUACACCGCAGCCACGACUAAUAGAUUUUGCACACAUCCCAACUUUCCAAUGGCGCUGCUCAUGGUAUCUCGGCAGGUGCGUGAAGAAGCAGCGAGGGUCUUUCUCAGGAAUCGUUUCGCCAUGCUUCUGGCAUACAGGUCGGAUUUGGAUUACUUCCAGGUGUCGCUGGGGUGGGCGUUUAGCCGGUUACGGGCCUUGCACAUCGAGCUGAGACCUGGGGAUGGGCGGUUUCUCAAGAUGCGUGGUGGAAUGCAUACUACAGCGUGGAACACUUGGGCGGCGUUUUGCGCGCAGGUUAAAGAGAGCAUGUCUGCUCUUGACGUGUUCAGUCUGAAGUGCAAGGUGCGAAUCCCCGAAGUUGCGGAGAGAUUGUUCGAUCAUAUGCAGGGCUUCCCUAAAUUACUGAGUUGUGGGAUUCACCUCGAUCCCUCGCCCCAUGAUUAUUUACAAGUCAAGGUCAGGCAUUUCUGCUGGAAGAUGACUGGGAGGCUGGAUCCUCCAUCGUUCCCGUUCGCCCGCCUUCCCAAGGAAAUGCAGUUGCUGAUCCUUGAGUUCCUUUUGACCAACCGUCCAGAUCCAUACUCGCCCCGCGCGGGGAACUCGUUAUCAGAGGGUUUCCGAUGUCUGGAGAGCGUGGUGACCUUUCAGAACCGUCGAUAUCUGCGAGCCCAUGACGUCCGUCCUAUGAUGUGCUGCGGGACAUGCUCGCCUUCGCAGGCGAUGUGUUUCUGCUUUUCGCGCCAGUGCGCAUUCUCCACGACCUGUUCCUGUUUCAGCACACCUCUUCCGUACUUCCUCGUCAGCCGCGAAUUCUAUAAGAUGGCGCGCCACAUCUUCUACUCAAAAAAUGUCUUCGCUUUUGUCGAGGAAGACCCAGAAGACAUGCUCCGCAUCACACACAGCAUCCCCACAUCCACAUUCAUGCAAAUCCGACGUCUCGCAUUCAAAUUCCCCUACCACCACCGCAUGCCCUACCGCCUCAAUGCCCAACGAAUCGAAGAAACCGCCUUCCUCUCGUGGUCCGUGCUCCGCCGGUUCAUCCGCGAGCAUUUCGACCUCCCGAAACUAUCAAUAUCGAUCAUCGACGUCGGGGGCGCAGAUACGUUCUCACGGACUAGGAUGAUCUCAUCCCGCAAUCGAUACCUGCGCAAGCUACUGCUCAGUUUCGCAGAUUUGAAGGGUCUGCGCGAUUUUUGGGUAUUUCUCGCUGACGACCCUGGUUUUGAGGAGGAGGCGAAGGCGGUUGUGUUGGGGAAGAAGGAGGCUGAUGAUUCGGGGGUCUAUGAAGAGGAUACUUUUCUUUAUCGCGAGGAGUUGUGA